AUGGCGGUCUUAUCAAGCAUCUACGGCUUCGUCAGCCAACAUCUCCUAGCCCUAACGGUUCUAAGCAUCGUCUACUAUCUCACACGGAACUACCUCACACCAGGGGUAUCCUCCGUCCCAGGACCCUUCCUUGCCAAACUCUCCAACCUCUGGCGGUUUGUCGACGUCGCUCGUGGGCGUCCGGAAAUCACCCAAUACAAGCUCCAUCAGAAAUACGGCGACUAUGUUCGACUCGGGCCCAAUGUCGUCAGUGUACGGAAUCCGGAUGUCGUAAAGACGAUCUACGGGAUCAACAAGGGCUAUCGAAAGACAGAUUUCUAUCGCGUCCAGCAACAACUCGCCAAAGGGAAACCAACACCUACGCUGUUCACAACCCUAGAUGAAGACUUCCAUGCAGCGAUCAAGCGCCCCGUGUCAUCGGCGUACUCGAUGAGUACCCUGACAGAGUUUGAGCCCUUUGUUGACAGCACCAUCCGGUCUUUGUUCGUCAAGCUGGAUGAGUUCGUUGCUUCGCGGAAGGUUUGUGAUAUUGCGAUAUGGCUGCAGUACUACGCAUUCGAUGUGAUCGGGCAUCUGACAUUUAGCAAACCGCUUGGAUUUCUGGAACACGGAAAGGACGUUGACGGUAUCAUCGGUUCCUUGGAGAAGACGCUCGACUAUGCCGGAAAGAUCGGCCAAAUGCCCUGGCUGGACUACGUCUUUGUCAAGAACCCUCUCAAACAGCUUAUCCAAGGUGGCUCAACCACGGCGGUAGCACGCUUUGCGCGUGACCGGAUGAGCGAGCGUCUCUCCCAACCGAGCGAAAAGGCGUCUGCAGCCUCUUCUCAACAGAAAGACUUCCUCACUCGAUUCCUCGAAGCGAAGAAGACAUAUCCGGAGACUGUCACCGACGCACAGGUCUUCUCAUACACAGUCAGCAACAUGAACGCCGGCUCCGACACGACGGCCAUCUCGCUCCGCGCCAUCCUGUACUACACGCUCAAAACCCCGCAGGUCAAGGCCAAACUCAUGGCCGAACUGCUCGACGCGCUGCACACGGGAAAGCUGACACUCCCCGUCUCCUGGAAACAAAGCCAGGAACUGCCGUACCUCGACGCGGUGGUUAAAGAGGCGCUCCGGCUACACCCCGCCGUGGGCCUGUUGCUGGAACGGAUCGUCCCCGCGGGCGGCCUCCAGCUGCCGAACGGGCCGUUCCUCCCCCCAGGGACGAUCGUUGGCAUAAACCCGUGGAUCAUCCAUCGGCAUGCUGUCUUCGGCAGCGACGUGGACUCGUUUGUCCCGGAGCGGUGGCUUCGCGGUGAGGACGAGACAGAGGCGGCGUUCCAGGCCCGCAGGCAGGAUAUGCUCCGGGCUACCCUUACAUUUGGGGCGGGGCCGCGCACCUGUAUUGGGAAGAAUAUCAGUCUGUUGGAGAUUUAUAAGUUGAUCCCGUCGCUGUUGCUGACAUAUGAGAUCGAGCUGGACGACCCGACGACGGAGUGGGAGAUUAUCAAUGCGUGGUUUGUGCGGCAGAAGAAGAUUGAUAUUCGGCUUGGGCGGCGUUAUCUGGGCGAAGGGAGGGUUGGGGCUCAGACCGGCCGGCAAUGUGAUGUGUAG